CUACGGAUAUCUGACAUUCUCCAGCUUCAUACAGCUGUUCAAUCUCUUGCAAUACUGAUUUGUCACGUGUCAUUGCUCUGUUUUCAUUCUGUGCUGAAUCGAGCAUCCAUCGCAGUACCGCGAGGGUGUACAUCAAUCAUGAAGCUUUCUAUUGCUAGUUUGCUUGCCGCGACUGUCCCUGCCACCUCAUUUUCACAGGUGCCAUUCCAAGAGACACCCGAUGUUGAAGGUUUCCAGUUGUACCAGAGUCAGUUCUCCGAACACCAUGCCAUCCGCGUCAGAGAGCAGCAAGACGACACGAUUUGCAACGCUCACGGUAAACAAUAUACUGGUUGGCUAGAUGUCGGCUCAAAACAUAUCUUCUUCUGGUACUUUGAAUCACAAAGAAAGCCGUCCGAAGAUCCGCUGUUGUUAUGGUUGAGUGGAGGCCCAGGUGCGUCUGGCAUGCUUGGAAUGAUGGGUGAGUUGGGACCAUGCAUGAUCAAUGAACACGGUAAUGGCACUGUCUUCAACGAAUACGGGUGGAGCAAGAAUGCCAAUAUUAUCUUCGUCGACCAGCCGGCUGGCGUGGGCUUCAGCUAUGUUGACCCAGGCGUCCCGCUUCCGGCUACGAGCUUCACAGCGGCUGAAGACAUGCAUCAUUUCCUGCAGCUGUUCACCAGCGAUGUCUUCCCAAGCCUUUCCGGAAGAGACUUCCAUAUCACUGGAGAAAGCUAUGCCGGCCACUAUGUUCCGGCACUCGGCGCGCAGAUUGUGUCUCAGAACCUCCUGUACCCAAAGCGACCGCAAGUCAACCUGAAAUCAACAUUCACCGGCAAUGCAUAUGUCUCGCCCAAAGAUACUACUUUUGGCUAUUGGGAGACUCUUUGCACAAUGAAUCCCGGUGUUGAGAAUCCCGUGUUCAACCAGACACGCUGCGAUAUCAUGGCAGCAAACCUACCUCGCUGCAUGGAACUCACUCAAAUCUGUUAUGACCACCCGGAUCCAGCCAUAUGCAUCGCUGCUGAGACAGUAUGCGACGAGGGUGUCAUACAAUACUACGACGGCGAGUCUGGCGAAGGUGGUCGCAAUCGCUACGACAUCACAGACGGGUGCGAGACGAAGGACGAAUUGUGCUACCCUGAGAUCCCGAGGAUACAAAAGUAUCUCAAUCUUCCAUCAGUUCGACAAGCUCUUAACGUGCCUAAAGCUGCGGGCAACUACUCAGUCCUAUCUCUGGACAUUACAUGGGCCUUUGCUCUGACUGGGGAUGGUGUUCAGAGCACACAGCCACAAGUUUUGUACCUUCUUGAGCAUGGUAUCGACGUGCUUUUCUACCAAUGCAACCUUGAUCUUGCGUGUAAUACUGCGGGAAACCUGCAGUGGGCCAACACAAUGCAAUGGAAAGGCCAGCCAGCGUUUGUUGCACAACCGAAGAGAAUGUGGAAGAACGAUGGAGAAGAAGUAGGGUGGUUCAAGGAGGUAAGGACCAAGACCGCAAGCGGCAGGGAGACGACCUUUGCUUUUACAACGGUAAAUAGAGCGGGGCAUCUUGUUCCAUUUGACAAGCCCAAGGAGGCGUUGGCCCUCGUAGACAGAUGGUUGGAGAAGCGGAGCUUUGCCUGAGUGUCGCGUGUAUUGAUUGUAGUAGUUGCCAUGUUCCAAAUUGCGCUUGCCCGAAAAUUGUAUGUAAUCGCAUGUUACACAGUAUGCAAAUGUGGUAGUGGUCUGUAGCUGGUGACAGACAUGGUGGUUAGCUGGUUUGCAGAGAUGGGUUGAUGUGGGUAAAAUGACGAAAGCGAGCUCCUUCACCAGUGCGCAAUCGCAGCAAGCUCGGGAUAAGCACACGACAACCCCAGCUCCGUGAUCGCUAUACUGUAUGCAAAUUUACAAUGCAGGCACCACAUCGGCC